GACUCUGUUAAUUAGAGAAGUGACAAGUUCCUUAUUUAUCAGUGAAGAAAGAGCAGAAUCAGCUUCAACCAUCAGAGCCUCGACAUGAACGUCUGCUACACUUUGAUCUGCUGCUUCUUCCUGUAUGACGUCAGCGCAGAGAUCCUCACCUACUCAGCUAAUGAAGGAGGAAACAUCAGAGUCGAAUAUCCCUUCUAUUGGGAUUACGGAAGAAGGAUGUUCUGUCGGGGACGAUGUGAAGCAGGAGAUGUUCUCAUUGAAACAGAAGAAAAUGAAGCGAGGAACGGACGAUACAGCAUCAAAUAUGAACCAGGUUAUUAUAAAGGAGAUCUGUCAGUGACCAUCACACAGCUCAGAAAGUCUGACUCUGGAACGUACCAGUUUGGCCUCCGCAGAUUUUCUUCUUUGUAUCGGGAGUUUAAAAUCCUCGUCACUGAUGCUCAGCUGGACGGAAGCUCUGGAGUAAAACAGCUCUAUAAGAGAAGUGGAGGAGACCUCACUGUUGAAUGUUUCUUCACUAACCCCAAAGGAAGUAAAUUCUUCUGCAGAGAAGAAUGUGGAGAGACAAAGAACGUUCUCAUCCAAACAAGUGGUGACGAAGAUCAAAGUGGCAGAUACAGCAUCAGGUAUUUACCAGGAUCUGAAGGAGGAGGAUUUCUGUUUGUGACCAUCACACAGCUCAUCAGCUCCGACUCAGGACGCUACAGAUGUUCUGUGGGUGAAGAAUCACACAGAGACUUUGAAGUCAUUGUCACAGAUGACUCCACAACAACAUCUCCCAGUUCCAGCUCCAGUUUCACACGUUCAUCAGCUUCACCUGAAACCAUCAACCAGUCUGAGGACCAGACACCUGAGACCACCAACCAGUCUGAGGACCAGACACCUGAAACCAUCAACCAGUCUGAGGACCAGACACCUGAGACCACCAACCAGUCUGAGGACCAGACACCUGAGACCACAGGAGCUGAUACGUUCUCCACCAAGAACUUGAUUCUGACUGUGAGACUGACGCUGGUCGUACUGGUCGUCCUGUUAUCAGGGGCCGCACUGAUAUUCUGCAGAAACAGGACUAACAGACCCAGAGAAGCUCCGGUGGAGACGGAUCCUGCUUCUGUCCCUGAGCCCGACCCCGUGUACGAGGAUUUCAGAGACGAGGGCCGACCUCCUGCUGCUGUGGAAAUCUCUCCAGAUUAUUCUUACGUCAAGUACAACACAACACAACCAGUCACAGUCGGUGAUGACUACAGCUUUGUCACUGCUGCUACUUCUCAGCACAAUGCUGACGACAGCUCAGGUUGACUCACCUGCGAUCGGGGGGGAUUAUUCCAACAGGGCUACAGGCUCUGCUAACAGCACCCCCCACCCCCUCCGAUGAGGAUGAUGUAGUCUACUCCGUCCUUCAGUAGAUGAUCUGUCACUUCAGCGUCUCCUCUCUCAUUGGCCGACAGGAAGUGUUGGCAUUUUAUAUUUUAGCUUGUCUGUGUGUGUGUCUGUGAAGAUGGCAUUAGAACUGAAAGUCUAAACAAUAAAGCAGGAGGGUGGGGGCAGGAGCAGUUUGGGCCAGAUAUAUGGCUUUCACACAUAUGAUUUAUAAUAACCUUUGGUGCUUUGUGUCAAUCUUGAAGUUAGAGUGUGUGUGCGUCACAUCGCUGGUCAGUCUCACACCUGUCUUGAUAAAGGGUCUGAUGAGAGCCGCUGCCUGUUGUGGGAUAAAUCUGUGACAUACGAUACACUGUACAUUAACUUCUUCUCAUAUUUAACUUUUUAUAUUAAAGCAUAACUCCCUCAGAUUCAUUCAACAUCACACAGAGUUCAAGCAGCUGCCCCAGGUUCUGGGGGAAGAUAGAAAAGUGUUGUUCUGGUUUAGUUGUUUUGAAUGUUUACACAAAUAGAACAUACAGCCGAUAGACCAGGAACACAAUAUUCUUUACUCCAAUGAACAACAACAUUGACCCACAAGGCGUCAGCCGAGUCAAGGCUAGUUUAUGAAACACAAAAUCCAACUGUCAUGUUGUGGAGAUUUGUCCUUCAACUAUCAGAGGAGCAGCGUGACUGGGAGUGGCUCCUUGUCACUUCCUGGUUCCAGAGCCAAUAGGAGUGGAUCUAAGCCUGUGCACCAACCAGGGAGAACCACAUUGAUUUGCGGUGACACCCCUUCAAUAUUUUGACCAAUCAAAUUAUACCUAGUGUUAUAAAUAUAACAAUCAUCGUCUUUUCAGCGAGACUAUUGACCACCCCGUGCUUCUUGUUUAUCCGAGGCUGUGCAUGAGCGCUCAUAGCUAUGCUGUUAACUUUUCAUUGCUUCUUAAUAAAUCCUUGUUGAAUUAG